AUGAACACCCGAAGGAAAUUUCUUGAAGCCAAGCUGAGGGUUCCUUCUACGAAAUGGCACCUCAUGAAUGAGGCGUAUUAUAUUAUAUUUCUCCCCGAAUGGCGUGAGCAUGUUGAGUAUUGGUAUAACUUAGGUGCCACGGGGCAGCAACGCGAUCUUUUCCGUCGUAUUUGCUCCGAAAUUUAUGCCCAGGACGCAACCAAGCCGGACCCGACAUACUCCACGCAAUACAAUGCCAUCCAGUCCAAAGAAGAGGCCAAACUUCUUAUAAAAUAUUAUGGCAAAGUCCUGACCAAGUCAGGUCAAGACCGGGCGCGGGUUUGGGUGCUUCAUGUUGCCCGCAACGCCUGGCGCCCGCUGAAUGACUUCCGAGACAUCUUCACAGGUUGCCAGACCAUUUUCAAAAACGAAAGCGUUUUGCAUGCCGAUUAUCUUCCCCCCGAGCCCCAAUAUUACCCCACCGAUCGCUCAUUGUUCAAGAAAUCAACCGAAUUGUUGAGCCUGGAGCUGCAGUCCAAAGCACAGCAGACGCCGGCCGUCUUGACCGAGGUGGACCAGCACGAGAAAAUGAUGGCGGAGAAGCGCCCGACCUACAUUGUGGAUACCUGCGAGAAGUCCAAGACGUUCUUUGCCAAACCCAAGAACCAAUUUGACGGGUUUAACAUUUUAAAGACGAUGGGCUACAGCAACGAGUCCCCCGAGAAGACGAUCGCGCAGCUUCGGGCAAAGCAAUCGGCCUACCAGGAAAGCGAGACCUAUUGUGUGGAGAAGGACGGCAGUACCUUUUACAAGGCGGAGCCGGUCACCAGCACACGCCAACGAACGGCGGCGACCGGGAAUGGGCGAAUUUUAGACUGCGUGACCAGUGAUCCCAUCACGCACUGGCGGGUUAAAAUCUGCGAUUAA